AUCUCUUUCUUUCUUUCGCGCUCUCUUGUUGCUUGUAUGCUCGACUUUCUUACUUGACUGCGGCUGAGCGGUUGCUUGAACCUCGCUUUUUGGCGGUCGCUGGCUGGCUAUUGCCAUUGCCAUUGCCAAUGCCCAUUGGCGCGGGCACUUCGGGGGAGAUUAGCGAGACGGAGAGAUUGCAGACUCUGCGUUGCUGCCCCCUGGACUCCCUGACGAUCGAGUGGUUUCUGCCACAAAAGAGCAGCAGGAGCGCAUGGGGGUGUUGCUGGGCAACCGGGGCUGCUGCGGAUGCGAUGCGUUCUUCCUGUCGUCCUGGCUACUUACGCGUCUUUGUCCCCAGAGACGAACAAGAACUGAAGCUGGAAGUCUCCGUUCGUGGGAAAUCCGUAAUUGUGGUGGGAACGGAUCGCGUCGUUGGGCCAAUCCGACGGCUCAUUCGUGGUCCCCUCGUCGUCUGGGCCAUGCAGAAAACCGUGCGGAACAGGUUCUGCUUCUGUUUUCCACUCCACUGUCGGUCGUCACGAGAGUACUUGUGCACUUCUUGCGUGGCAGCCAACGCGAGAGAGUGAGAGACGCGAAAAACAUAUUGGUUUUUUUCAACUUGAACUUGCCCGCUUCGCAACGUUGCAACGACUACUCCACUCGAGAACCAUGGUCGCUGUUCC